GGGGCUAAUCAGCAAAGCGCCCCCUGCUGGCCGCGUUCCCCUUUUCUUCCUUCCUCCUGACCACCGCGCCGAAACCCUCGCCGCCUCAGCCGCCGCCGCCCUCGGAACCACCCGCCGCCACCCUCUCGCGGCGCCCCGCGAUCACCGGGUAGCUUUUGCUGCGGCGGUGGGAGGGCCGGUCCCGCCGGCGCCCAUGGCCUCGCGCUUCCUCCCCGCCGCUCCGGUGCCCCGCGCCGCCCUCCAAUAACAAGAUCAAGAGAGAGGCAGUUCCCUCUUAUCUUUGAUGGGGCAGCCAGGUAUGGACUCCCUCGAAAGGAAGGAGACCAAUGGCGUCGUUCCUGACCGCAAUGGCGCUGCUGCUGCUGCUGCUGCCCCGCCUGCGACACAGCAGCAGGAAGGGAAGGAUGCCUUGCAGUACGCCAACAUCCUCCGGUCGCGCAACAAAUUCGCGGACGCUCUCCAGCUGUACAGCACUGUGCUUGAGAAGGAUGGCACCAAUGUGGAGGCCCUCAUCGGAAAAGGGAUUUGCCUCCAGGCGCAGAACCUGCCGAAGCAGGCCUUGGAGUGCUUCACCGAGGCUGUCAAGGUCGACCCCAACAACGCUUGCGCUCUCACCCAUUGUGGGAUGAUAUACAAAGACGAAGGGCACCUGGUUGAGGCUGCAGAGGCCUAUCAAAAAGCUCGAAGUGCAGAUCCUUCCUAUAAACCGGCUGCGGAAUUUCUCGCUAUUGUAUUGACCGAUCUUGGAACUAAGUUGAAGCUUGCAGGCAAUACAGAAGAGGGUAUUCAAAAAUAUUGCGAAGCUCUGGAAGUAGAUACCCACUACGCGCCUGCUUAUUACAACCUUGGUGUGGUUUAUUCGGAGAUGAUGCAGUUUGAUGUGGCUCUUACUUGUUAUGAAAAAGCUGCAAUUGAGAGACCAUUGUACGCCGAAGCUUAUUGCAACCUGGGAGUUAUUUACAAAAAUCGGGGAGAUCUAGACGCAGCAAUCGCCUGCUACGAGAGGUGCUUGACUAUUUCCCCCAACUUUGAGAUUGCUAAGAAUAACAUGGCGAUAGCACUAACCGACUUGGGUACAAAGGUAAAAAUUGAAGGUGACAUCAAGCAAGGUGUGGCAUAUUACAAGAAAGCUCUGUUCUACAAUUGGCACUACGCUGAUGCAAUGUAUAAUCUUGGUGUUGCAUAUGGUGAAAUGUUGAAUUUUGAGAUGGCUAUUGUUUCUUAUGAACUUGCUCUGCACUUCAAUCCUCGCUGUGCGGAGGCAUGCAACAACUUGGGAGUGAUAUACAAGGACAGGGAUAAUCUCGACAGAGCUGUUGAAUGCUACCAAAUGGCCUUGACAAUUAAGCCAAAUUUCUCUCAGUCAUUGAAUAAUCUUGGAGUUGUCUAUACGGUGCAAGGCAAGAUGGAUGCUGCUGCGAGCAUGAUUGAGAAGGCCAUACUUGCGAAUCCCACAUAUGCUGAAGCAUAUAAUAACUUAGGUGUUCUUUACAGAGAUGCUGGAAGUAUCACGUUAUCUGUACAGGCUUAUGAGAGAUGCCUUCAAAUUGAUCCUGAUUCACGAAAUGCUGGCCAGAAUCGUUUACUUGCAAUGAACUAUAUUGACGAAGGCUCAGAUGACAAGCUUUAUAAUGCUCACAGGGAGUGGGGAAAGCGCUUUAUGAAAAUGUAUGCACAGUAUACUAGUUGGGAUAACUCCAAAGUCGCUGAUCGUCCACUUGUCAUUGGUUAUGUAUCUCCUGAUUUCUUCACUCACUCGGUGUCGUACUUUGUUGAAGCACCCCUUGCCCACCAUGAUUACUCAAAUUGCAAGGUGGUCGUCUACUCUGGUGUUGUGAAGGCAGAUGCCAAGACCCUUCGCUUCAAGGAUAAGGUGUUAAAGAAGGGUGGGGUGUGGAGAGAUAUAUAUGGUAUUGAUGAAAAGAGGGUUGCUAGCAUGGUCAGAGAGGAUAAAGUGGACAUACUCGUGGAACUUACUGGUCAUACGGCGAAUAACAAGUUAGGAACAAUGGCAUGUCGGCCUGCUCCUAUUCAGGUUACAUGGAUUGGUUACCCUAAUACCACAGGUUUACCAGCAAUUGACUACCGGAUAACAGAUUCAUUGGCGGAUUCACCUAAUACAAACCAAAAGCAUGUUGAAGAGUUGGUGCGUCUUCCUGAAAGCUUUCUUUGUUACACUCCUUCGCCAGAAGCUGGGCCAGUUUGUCCCACACCUGCAAUUUCAAACAAUUUCAUCACGUUUGGGAGUUUUAAUAAUCUAGCAAAGAUUACACCAAAAGUGUUGCAAGUUUGGGCCAGAAUAUUAUGCGCUGUCCCUAACUCGCGCCUUGUGGUUAAGUGCAAGCCAUUCGGCUGUGACAGUAUCAGACAGAAAUUUUUAUCAACUCUUGAGGAGUUAGGUUUGGAGUCAAUACGGGUUGAUUUGCUGCCACUUAUCCAUCUCAACCAUGAUCACAUGCAAGCCUAUUCCUUAAUGGACAUCAGCCUGGAUACAUUUCCGUAUGCCGGAACUACCACUACAUGUGAAUCUCUAUACAUGGGGGUUCCAUGUGUUACGAUGGCUGGUUCAGUCCAUGCUCAUAAUGUUGGUGUUAGCCUGCUGACUAAAGUUGGGUUGGGGAGGCUGGUUGCCAAAUCAGAGGAUGAAUAUGUUAGCUUAGCAUUGGAUUUGGCAUCAGAUGUUGGUGCCUUGCAAGAACUGAGAAUGAGCCUCCGAGAACAGAUGAUAAAAUCACCAGUCUGUGAUGGCGAGGGUUUCACCCGUGGCCUGGAAUCUGCAUACAGAAACAUGUGGCGCCGGUACUGUGACGGGGAUUCACCAGCUCUCAGCCGCCCAGAACUGUUAGAGGAUCAACCAGUCUCCAAUAAGGAAGAUUUAAACAAGAUGGCUCUGAAACUUGCAGAUAUUAAAUCCCAGAGAGCGAAUACCGCUACAGAAGAACACAAUCAAGGCCUGAUAAAGGUUAAUGCCACCCCGGAGCAAGAUGAGCAGCCCCAAAUAAUAGUGAACGGUGCAAGGUCACCCGAAGAUAACCAGCCCCUUGCAACGGUGAACACCGUGGCGCAGGAAGAUAAGCAGCCCCAAGUAAUAACAAAUGGGGUGAGUUCACCUCAUUCUUCUACUUCUGGGAGAUGCGAAGCGAAUGGGCAUAGCAGCCGAUGACCAAUGGGAGGCAGGCAUGGCAUGCUCCAUUGAUGCAGGCACACACUGAUGUACCGUAGUUCGAGAUACACCAUUGAUGUGGGUAAUAUCCGCAUUAAUUUGCUGUUGGGGGGGCAACACUAGGUGUCUCCGGCUAUGGAUAACAGGGCACAGCAUGUAUGUGCCAUCUGGUUCCGGAGCUCUGGUGACCCAUGUGUAGCAGAUGUGUAAUAUAUAAUUCUCAAGGGAUGCCUAUAGAGUCUAAUCUGUAGAGCCUUACCCUACUGUAGGUUUAUGAGUAUAUGACAACUUGUGUUGGCAUGUUAGAAACAAAUAGGCAAGGCAUUGCUUGUAUAUGUAGAAACAGCUUCUAGAUUCAAUUUAACUGAGGUCAUUCAAAUUAACUGGGGCAAUUUUAAAAUUUAGUUU